UUAGCUAUUCAAGAGAGGCACAUGUCACAUAUCCGGGACCUCGCGGUAUUUUCCCGCCCGCCGUCUUCAAAUCACGACUGGUUCGGACCGGUUUCUCUCUCUUGCCAUUGCAUCGUCGUGAGUUUUCUUCAAGAGGAGAAAAAUUAAAAUGUCGCAGCCUGUGCAGCCAGUAGCCACUUUCAAGCUUGUUUUAGUAGGCGAUGGUGGAACCGGUAAAACGACAUUCGUUAAGCGCCAUUUGACGGGAGAGUUCGAGAAGAAAUAUAUCGCCACCCUUGGGGUAGAAGUGCAUCCCCUGAUUUUCUUCACUAGUAGAGGCCCAAUCAAAUUUAAUGUGUGGGACACGGCUGGACAGGAGAAGUUUGGAGGUCUUCGUGAUGGGUACUACAUCCAAGGCCAGUGUGCUAUUAUAAUGUUUGACGUCACCUCCAGAGUAACAUACAAGAAUGUUCCCAACUGGCAUCGGGACUUAGAAAGAGUUUGUGAAAACAUUCCCAUUGUGUUAUGUGGCAACAAGGUUGACAUAAAAGACAGAAAGGUCAAGGCAAAGGCCAUAACUUUCCACAGGAAAAAGAACCUUCAGUACUAUGAUCUCAGUGCAAAGAGUAAUUACAACUUUGAGAAGCCAUUCCUUUGGCUAGCUCGUAAGUUGGUGGGAGACCCUAACUUAGAGUUUGUGGAGAUGCCUGCGCUUCAACCUCCAGAGGUCCAGAUGGACCCCAACAUGGCCAAGCAGUAUGAGCAGGACUUGAAUGAUGCUCAAAAUACUGCUCUGCCUGAUGAAGAUGAUGAAGACCUGUGAAAUGUAGGAACAAUAGCUCCAUAAAUGUGGCAAUAUAUGUGUUCUUGCUUGAACUUAUAAAACUCCCAUCCAGUGCAAACAUGCAAGAUCAAGCAGAUAAACCUGCCAUGAUACAUGGUAACACUAGAAUUGUUGAAAACCUCUCAGUUGCUUAGAUGUGGACAGUUGUGUGGAUAAAUAACAUGACUGUUAAAAAUAGUAGUCUUCACAGGUAUUUAGUAUCUCAAAACAAGAAUCUAUAUACAUAAUAGUUAUUUGCCAUAAUUUUUGUACUGCAAGCAUGGUUGUAUAUUAUUAUAGCAUAAUAGAAGGGCUAUCGUAUUACUUAUUCUCACUUGCUAUGAUACCUCACAAAUUGCAAGUGGAAUUUCAUAAAGCUGGUCAUUUGAAAGAUAAAGAAAUGAAACCUGACUUGUUGAGAGUUGAUCAAUUAUUGCUUAUAUAGAUAAGAUUUAUGCAAACUGAAUUCAGGGUAGUUUUAAUUUUGGAUAGAACAAAAGAAGUUUUUCAUCCAUCAACUACAACCAUUAGUAGAGUUCUUGAAACCUGCAAUAAACAGCCCCUUUUUGUA